CGAAGCCUUACCUCGUCUCGCCUAGGGCUACGGUCCAUCCCUAGCCUAGACCACUCUGUCUGACGCCCGACACGACUCAUGGAAGCACAAGAUCAUGGAUAAGGGCCCUAGCCUGGGAUCACUCGUAGGGAUCUGCCGAUCAUUUAUGGGUUUGGGUUCUGCCUUCAACUCAUGUGCUGGCAAUGUUGUACUCACAAGAGAAAACAUCGACUACCUCUACCACCGGUCACGCGUAAGUGCGAGAUACAACUCGAUCGCCAUAACUCGGAGAUAUUCCAGCGGUUGAUGAUGAGCCAUCUCGAAUCUCCGAGUGAUUGCACUUCCUGACGUGACUCCUCAGAUUAUGCUGGGACUUUCUCGUAUCCUCAACACCGCAGAGUAUAGACUAGACCUGAGUUGAGACAUUUCAGAGGAACUUGACUGUCAAGGAUUUCAAAAAUAAACACCAUGUCGAAUCUCAGCCAUAUUGGCGUCGAUGGCUAUAUAGGAAAGGAGAGGGAAUUCGAGACAUUCGGCCCUGAAGAUAGUGGGGAUGGCUCAGGCAGCCCCCAGCCGACUGUCAACGCUGAGGAGAUCAUCAUGGCUGAUGGUACUGUCGAGUAUGUUGACAAGAAUGCCUUCGGCGAUGAGCUCGACCGAAUGCCUAAUGGCUACUAUCGGAGUCCUCAGUUCAUUGGUACUCUUGCUGCGCAGUGUCUAGCAAGUACUUGCGCAUACCUAGGAUGGGUGCUCCCCUCAAAUACUCUCGCUUUGAUAAAUGCCGACAUUGGUCCUUCCGCUCAAAUUGCAUGGGUAGCGACAAUAUGGACUAUGGGAUCUUCUAUUGGCUUUCUUAUCAUUGGCCGUCUGUCCGAUCUAUAUGGCCGAAAGUGGAUGGUCAUGAGCACUACUCUACUGGGCCUCAUCGGUUGCAUUAUUGGUGGCACCGCAAAGAGCUUAGGUAUGCUCAUCGCUUCGAAUGGGUGCAAUGGUCUUGCAGCUGCUGGGCAGCUCUCCUUUGGCAUUGUCUUAGGUGAACUUGUUCCUAACAAGCAUCGAGGUCCCAUCAUGGGUUUUGUCUUCUUGACGUCGAUCCCAUUUGGAGUCUUUGGCCCAGUCGUAGCCCGAACGAUGAUCGAGAACAUACAUGAAGGCUGGCGCUGGAGUUACUAUCUGGGCAUCAUUCUGAGUGUAAUCACUCUGGCUCUAUAUCAGUUCCUCUACCACCCACCAACCUUUUCUCAACUCCACGUCGGGAAGACGAGAAUACAGCAAACCAAAGAGCUUGAUUGGAUUGGCAUGUCUCUUUUCACCAUUGGAUGCGUUCUCUUCCUCGUUGGCCUUUCUUGGGGCGGUACGACAUAUCCUUGGAAGAGUGCUGAGGUAUUGUGCACAUUAGUCACUGGUAUAAUGACCCUUGCCGGCUUCUUUGUAUAUGAGGCUUACUUCUGUUCUGUAAAACCCCUGAUUCCGUCCAGUGUUUUUAAGAACACUGGGUUCGUCGCGGUAGUCACGUGUGCGACUGUUGCCUCCAUGGUUUACUACUCCUUAACAGUUCUCUGGCCUACAAUUAUCAGCGCACUGUACACCACAGAUUCCAUCAAAGUUGGCUGGCAGAGCUGCGUGAUUGGUGGUGGAGUUGUUCUGGGCCAAGCUAUGUCAGGUCUCGCUAUUGCCUAUGUUCCUCGCCUCAAGAUCCAGUGCAUAUGCGCUGCUGCUCUUGUUAUGACUUUCAUCACGUCGAUGUGUUCCCUAUCUCCUGACCGGUGGGCAAAUACAAUCGCAUUCGGGUUGAUUGCAUGCACUGCCGUUGGGUACAUUGAGAAUGUUGCAGUCACCUGUGUAACUCUGCUCUGGGAACCCCAAGAUAUCGGCCUAGCAUCUGGCAUUCUUGGAUCGAUUCGUGCCCUCGGUGGUGCCAUUGCUCAGGCUUUGUAUGUCUCUAUUCUCAGCAACGAGUUGACCAGGAAGAUGCCCGAGUACGUGUCACCAGCUGCAACUAAACUUGGUCUGCCAACCAAAUCCCUACCUUCACUCUUUGAGGCUAUCAACAAAGGCGAUUACUCAGAUGUACCCGGUAUCAACAAGGCCAUCAUUGAAUCAGUCGGAGAUGCCGUUGCCAAAGCCUACACCAACUCACUACAUUAUGUCUUCUACGCCACUGUACCGUUCUCAUGUAUCAUGCUUGUCGCCGCUUGCUUGGUUCCCGAUGCCAAAAAGUUCUUGACGUACAAUGUUGCAAAACGUCUCCAGGAUAAGAGCUUCCGUAAAUCCUCUACCGAAGCCAACGAGGUCGCGGUUCAGGCCAUGAAUGAAUGUCAUCCAGAUGAGGCUAAAGUGGCAUCGCAUGUGUAGACUUUCUAGCAAUUUUCUUCAGAUGGCUGCGAUGUUACGAACUGUGUAUGAGGACGGGAAAUGAUACGUGGUAAUGGGUAACUAGAGCUUGACAAUUCUUUAUGGGACGGUACUGAUAUGAAUCGAUAGAGUAACAUCGAUUAGCGGACAGUCGGAGACUAACUCUGUAAAAUUGAUCAAGACGUUGAGUAAGCAAACUCUUAACAUAGCAUUGAGGGUUUAGACAUGCCAGCAGAAAAGAAUAUGUAAACCUAGUAAGUGACAUGUUCAGU